CCCCAGCAUCCAGCAGCCAUCCAUCCGUGCCUGGGAAGCAGCACCAAGUCCUGCCCGGGCGCGCAGCACCGACCCACGGCGGAGGAGGGAGACGAGCAGGAGAGGGGAGGGGACGCAUCCUCAGCAUCCGAGUGAUGCCACAGCGCCCACACUGCAUUUGGAGCAGCAGCCCUGAGAGUUCAUCUGUCUAAAGUGGCUUCUGCUUACGGAGAGGACGCCUUUCCAGCCUCGACGACCGCAGCAAACUGCCCAUGAAGAUGUCCAACGCUGACAUCGUCCUGAACGCCGCCGAUCGGGUGGUCAAAUCUGUCCCCUUCCCCUUAAGCCACCGUCUGACCAUGAAGGAAGUGUUCGACUGCGAAGCAAAGCCUCGAGUGGAUCUCCUAAAGGCCCACCUCACCAAAGAAGGUCGCGUGGAGGAAGCCGUGGCGUUGAGAAUCAUCAACGAAGGGGCGGCGAUCCUUCGCCAGGAGAAAACUAUACUGGACAUCGAGGCGCCAGUCACAGUAUGCGGGGACAUCCACGGGCAGUUCUUUGACCUGAUGAAGCUUUUCGAAGUGGGAGGAUCACCAGCCACAACACGCUACCUGUUCCUGGGGGACUAUGUGGACCGUGGCUACUUCAGUAUUGAGUGUGUUUUAUAUCUUUGGUCGCUGAAAAUCCUCUAUCCAAAGACACUAUUUUUACUGCGUGGAAAUCAUGAAUGUAGACAUUUGACAGAAUAUUUCACCUUCAAACAAGAAUGUAAAAUCAAAUAUUCGGAGCAGGUGUACGACUCGUGUAUGGAUGCGUUUGACUGCCUUCCUCUGGCUGCGCUCAUGAACCAGCAGUUUCUGUGUGUCCACGGCGGACUCUCACCCGAAAUACACACCUUAGACGAUAUUAAAAAGUUGGAUCGGUUUAAGGAGCCGCCGGCUUUCGGGCCCAUGUGCGACCUGCUUUGGUCGGAUCCUCUGGAGGACUUUGGCAAUGAGAAAACCCAGGAAUAUUUCGGCCACAACACAGUGCGAGGUUGCUCCUACUUUUACAGUUAUCCAGCUGUGUGUGAGUUCCUACAGAGCAAUAACCUAUUAUCAAUAAUCCGAGCGCAUGAGGCACAAGAUGCAGGUUACCGGAUGUAUCGCAAAAGUCAGACCACAGGAUUCCCUUCCCUCAUUACCAUCUUCUCUGCACCAAACUACUUGGAUGUUUACAACAACAAAGCUGCCGUACUCAAAUAUGAGAACAACGUCAUGAACAUCCGACAGUUCAACUGCUCGCCUCAUCCCUACUGGCUGCCCAACUUCAUGGACGUCUUCACCUGGUCACUGCCCUUUGUUGGAGAGAAAGUCACAGAGAUGCUGGUGAAUGUGUUGAGUAUAUGCUCCGACGACGAGCUAAUGAACGAUGAAGAUGAGAUAUUCGACGCCAAUGCAGCAGCAGCACGCAAGGAGGUGAUCCGAAACAAGAUCCGCGCUAUCGGGAAAAUGGCCAAAAUGUUCUCAGUUCUCAGAGAGGAGAGUGAAAAUGUGUUGACGCUCAAGGGCCUAACGCCCACUGGCAUGCUGCCGAGCGGGGUUCUCUCUGGGGGCAAACAGACGCUGCAGAGUGCCACCAUUGAGGCCAUUGAAGCCAUCGAGACGCAUGAUGAGGACAGAGAAGCCAUCCGUGGCUUUUCCCCGCAGCAUAAGAUCACCAGUUUCGAGGAAGCCAAGGGUCUGGACCGCAUCAACGAGCGCAUGCCCCCUCGCAAGGACGGCGUCAACCACGUGGGUCACUCGAUGGGAAAGAUGAAUAUGUCCGAGGCGAACGGCACGGAUGACAACAGCAACAUCCAGUGAGCCUCGGUUGGUGGUAGUUGUGGUGGAGGUAGUGGGGCAGCAGCAACUUUUGCAGGUGUUGCCCGUGCAGUGAGACAUUGCCAAAUCGGAAAUUCAGGCCUCAGAACAAAGAAACACAAACGGGCCCACAGCAGAUAGACAGAGGGGGAAAUCUGCAGCUAAUGUAAAAGGAGCCGAACGGUCAUUUGUUUGGUGACAGCAUGUCGUUGCACAGGUGGAGCAAGCUGGGGGCUGCGGUGUGCGUCAAAGUAGUGUCUGUUACCUCCCUCUGCUCUAUUACAGACUCUGUUCGACCUUGACGGAAGACAUAAUUGCAGUAUCCAUGCCAUGCUGAUUAUUUUACUCUUUUUUUUUUUUUAAGUGCUUAUAACGAGCUACUCACAAACUCACAGCUCGAGGAUAUCAGUCUCGUUUUCAGACUAUUAAAACAAUCUCACAACACCUUAGGAUGGGCGGGGGGAGCAAAAUAAAUGUGUUAGCAGUGUGGCAGCAUAGAGCGUUAUCUGGCAAGGAACCAUAUUUGGUUACUUCACACUGGAUUCGUCACUAUGAGGCAGUGGCACCAGCAUAUCAACAAUGACAACUGAUAAUUACUAAUCAUGGAGACUUUAUAAAUACUGUAUGCAGUGUGGGUUUAGUGCUUUUUCCAGCAAGGAACCCAAUUUGGUUACUUCCGAAUAGAUCCCCUCUCAAUAAACUAAAACUCAAACUUUCAGAAAUAAUGUCUGAACUGUAGUUGUAGCAUUUUACCCGGCAACCAAAUUUGGUUAUUUCAUACCUCAGUCAAUUGAGCGAUGGAAUUACAGUCAAACCUUGAUUUUCGUUUGCAAUCUUUUCCAAAAGUCAGACCAAAAACUAAGCAGUUUUUCCCACAGAAAAUAUUGUAAAUCCAUCCAUCCAUCCAUUUUCUACCGCUUGUCCCUUACAACCCAUCUCAGCUGCAUUUGGGCUGAAGGCGGGAUACACCCUGGACAAGUCGCCACCUCAUCGCAAAUAAUGUAAAUCCAAUUAAUUCAUUUCAGACACCCAAAAACAUUUUUAAAAAUAAUUAUGCUAGAUGCAGAAAACCAUGUGAAAUAAAAAAUAAAAUGGAUAAAUUAACAAUUUACAUCACUUUUGACAAGUCCUGUUUUCGUGAAGCUGGCACCUCUGUACUUAAUAGUGUUUGUCACCUUUUUCAAUUAAAGACCUGGGACUCGCAACUUUCUUUGGCCACGUCGCAGUCAAUAAAUAAAGCUGAGAGUCUGAUUGAGACAUCAAGCCGUGAGUGUACUUAUUUGGGCAAUUGGUUUCGCAGAACGAUACACUCGCUAAAUACCUCGCGCUAAACAGCGUGUGCAAUCUCUAAAACAGCGUGUACUAUUAAUGGGCGUGUUGCGUGGUAUUUACUUAGACUGCGUCUGCAAUUGAAAAGUUGUGCAGACCGCCUUAUUUAAAUAAGCAUUUUGCGUGUACCAUACUAGGCCUCACCACGGAGACACUGUCAUUUACUGCACUUUUAUAAGCAGUCCUGCAAUGCAUCGACAACGACACCACUUUAUUUAUUUAUUUUUUACAGCUGAAGGUGUACUCAUUGAGGAGAGGCUGCACUUACUCCUCCUGUAGAGAUGAAAAAAAAAU